CGGAGGAACCCUAACCUAUAUCAGAGAAGAAGAACAGGCGACUACCGAUGGCGGCGCUUCGAGUCACGGCGAGGAGGCUCGUCGGCGGUGGCCAGACGCCGGUGGUGGCUGUGGACAAGGUGCAACGCCGGCUCUUCCCGAGGCUCUCCCAGGUCGACCGGGCUAGGUCCACCACAUCCUCCGCUGCUGCGGCGGCCAAGUCUGCAAAGCAGGGCUGUGAAGAUCGGGAGAAACUCCUGAGAGAGAUCCAUAACAUGAGAGAGGAGCUGUACGAUAAGGUUUCACACGCGGAAAGGACCUACGAUAUCCCUGGCAGGGCAGGCAAACAUAUCAGUCAGCUGCGCGAGGAGCUCGCCGUGCAAGUGGAUCCUAGACCCGGGGACAGCACAUGGCGCAAGAUGCGAGUGCUAAAUCCACUUGAUCAUUGCAUGGAAUAUGCGACUUUGACCUUCAGCUUGUAUGUGCUCAUGGGCAUGGCCGCUGGUAAGAUCGUUGAAUUGGAUCCAGAUGAAAAGCUGUGGAUCCAGAAGAAAAGAGGGGAGGCGCGCAAGCAAAGUGAAACAAAAUGAGUGAGAGCCAUGUUUAUGAAUGGCACAGGUCCAACAAGUGGUUGUUAGUGUGUUCUUACAUGGACGAUCAUCGAUCGCUUUGUAUGACCGAUCUAGCUGGUUGGUACCAAGUUGUCUAGAUGUUAUGCUAUAUCUAUUUUAGUGUCUCCCGUUUCUAUGUUUGUUGAAGAUAUUGAAAUAAGGAGUUCACAGCUCCUGCUGA